CCUUUCCAAAUUUCCAUCCUCAUCCCUCAAAAAUACCGAAAACAAACCCAACUAGUUUCUGACUCUUUUUAACAAGUAUACUUCAUAAUAUUACACUUGCACGUAUUUUCCUUAUUCCUAACGAAAAACUUCUCUUUCUUUUCCUUUUUCUCCUCCUUUUAUUCAUCGCCGCUCCACCUGAGUUCUUCACUUUCACAAGGUUGGAAGAAGUGGGGAACUUUAAGAAGACAGCUUGGUGUGUAUAUCAUCACUCUGGCCAAGAUAUUAGUGAUCUCUCCUCAGUGGAGGGUGUGCUGUGUUGUAAAAUUUCAAGUUAAUUGCUUUUCAAUUGUUUGCAAAGCAUUGAUUUGGCGCUUACCCAUUGAUUAUGGCUAAUAUUCAACCUAACUAAUUCUUUUUCAAAGCAGCUGAGAUGUAAUACUUUAAUUGUGCAACUGAUUCAGGGAACAUAAGGGAAAAGAAAGAAAAAAAAAGCAGAAACUUCUGUUUUCCUUCUUUUUUUUCAGGCUUUUUUUUUUUGUGUGAAGUUAGAUAUUCAGGGAUUAUGGCAUUAUUCAAUUGCUUUCCCAAGUUAGUUGGAAGGAAGAAGAAGGUGAAGGAUGCUAUUGUGUCUUCACCGGUUUGUAAUGACAACGAUGUGGUUACAUCUCUGCAAGUGAAGUUGGAACACCCACUAAAACCUUCUGACAAUGAUGAGCUGAAAUCGACUUCUUUUGUUGUCCCAGUGUCAUUUGAUGUACCCGAGGUUUCUAGUUGCAAGGUGAAGCUGGUGAACCCUGAGAGCUGUGUUGUGGAGGAGGCUCUGGAGGUGGCAUAUGAAGGUGAGGACGAACAUGACGACAAGUCACCAGCAAUGAGCAGGGAUAACUCUGAUUCGAACCUUCAAGCCAGUGAUACCAAUUCCAGUAAUCCGUGCUUUCAGUUAGGAAAUCCUUGUGUUGAUUUGGUGGAUGAUGAGUGUAAUAACAAAGCUGAGAAAGAUGCUAAUGACGAGGAGAAUGACAAGGGCCAAGUUGGGCAUGUCAGUGAUCCUGGGAUGUUAAGGGAAGAACGAUGGGUUUUACCGAGGCUUACACGUUCUUGCUCAAACCUUGAGUCAAGGGAAGUUCUCAAGAAGAUAGCUGAUCAAUUGCCACCUUCUAAAUCACAAUCUUUUGAACAGUUACAAGACUUGGCAAAUAAAGUUAGGGAUGAUAUUUUGAUGGGGUCUCCUUGUAGCCAGUCAUCUAUUUUGUCUCACCGAAGUGCUGAUAAAGUAAUGCUGAAGAAGCAUUCUUCGAGCCAAAUCCUUCCCUCGAGGAGCAAGAGGUUGUGGUGGAAACUAUUCCUUUGGAGUCAUAGGAACUUACAAAAACCGGUCAUCCUACCUAAAACAAGGGUUUCAACACUUCUUGCUUCCGUCAAUCAGCAAGGUGGGUACUCAUCGGACACGCUUGAACCCUGUCGAGUUAAACAGCUCAUCAAAGUGGAAUCAGCAGGCUCAUUUUCUGAAUUAUGCAGUUACAAGAGUGGCCAUGAAGAAGACAAUGAGUUUAAGGGAGGGUUUUCAGGGUUAUGGCCCCAGAAUCAGUGGAUAGCUUUCUCAGGGGAGUCAUCUCCCUUCAAGAGGGUAGAUGACUGGGUGAAGGACCUCAACCUUCAGCCUACAGUAUUAGCUCUUGAAGAAGAGAAUGGUAGCGAGUUAAUCACCUUCCCAUCUUCUCCGGAGGCCGAUGAAUCAGUGGCAAAAGGCCCAACUCAGUUCUCGCGCCAUAACAAAUUCAAUUUAUCAGAGGAACUCCUGCAUGCUAACAGUGUGAUUCAGUCCCUGAAUUCCUCCUCAACAGUGGCUCACAUAUCAGGAAUGGGGUUGAAAGCUAUCCCCAUGAUUUCGCACUUCUCAAGUCUUCGUUCAAUCAAUUUAUCAAACAACUCAAUUGUUCAAAUUACUCACGGAUCGCUUCCAAAGGGUCUUCAUGUCCUCGACUUAUCUAGGAACAAGAUUGCUACCAUUGAAGGACUAAGGGAGUUAACCCGAUUGAGGGUACUUGAUCUGAGCUACAAUAAGAUCUCACGUAUUGGACAUGGUCUUUCAAGUUGCCUACUGCUCAAGGAGCUGUAUUUAGCGGGAAAUAAAAUUAGUGAAGUAGAGGGGAUGCACAGGCUAUUGAAGAUGACAGUUCUGGACCUUAGCUUCAAUAAAAUAACCACAACCAAGGCUCUGGGACAGCUUGUUGCCAACUACAGUUCUGUAGUGGCUCUCAAUAUUUUGGGAAAUCCGGUAAACAUAAACGUAAGCAGUGACCAGCUUAGGAGAGCAGUUUGUGGGCUUCUCCCUAGGCUAGCAUACCUGAACAAACAACCGGUUAAUCAGCAGAAAGCCCGAGAGGUUUCAAUGGAUAUUGUAGCCAAAACUUCAUCCCGAAACAGCAACUGGGAUGCUCGUAGGAGAUCCGUGAAGAAAACAGGUCAAAGUGGAUCGAUGUCUACAAGGACUGGUGCCAGUAUUGGGCACAGAAGCAGGAGCAAGUUAAAAAGGCAAGUGAAUCAGCAGUCAAGGUUGAAGACAAGGCCGUAAGCUGCUAAGUGAAGUUGUGCUUUGAUUAUUGCCGAACCAACAUUUGAUACAGCAAUUUAUAGUGUGAAGCAUCGCAAUUCUUCAGCAAGAAAGCAGGCAAUAAAAUUUAAACCAUAUGUUUCAACGUCUUCUAAGCAUAAACUCAAGCUCAAUAAUUUGCAGUUUGUUUGUUUUGUUUGUUUGUUUAAUUUCAUUUGUUCAAAUAAAUGUAAACCAUGGCGUGUUUUUUGAUGACUGUAUUCUGUGGCUUAUCAAUUGAUGAUGUAUUGAUGUUGCUUUCUUGAAUAA